AUGCCUCUCACGCUCCAGGUCCCCAACGAGUAUGGCUACGUCCUCCUCGUCGCCGCCUCGACAUUCUUCAUCAACACCACCCACGUCCUCCUGACGAGCAAGUACCGCAAGGCCAGCGGCCUCGUCUACCCGGCCCCCUACGCGUCCAACGAGCAGGCCGCCAAGGAUCCCAAGGCCUACCAGUUCAACUGCGCCCAACGCGCCCACGCCAACUUCACCGAGAACCAGCCCUCGUUCCUCGGCGCCCUUCUCAUCUCCGGCCUUCGCUACCCCGUCGCCAGCGCCGUCCUCGGUGCCGGCUGGGCCUUCUCUCGCAUGAUCUACGCCUUUGGCUACACGAGCGGCGCCGGCCCCAAGGGCCGCACUCGUGGUUCCAUUGGAUCCUUCCUCUUCGACAGCCUGCUCAAGUUCACUGCCGUCUACACUUCGAUUUCCAUAAUCAUGAACUGGUAA